AUGCCGGGCUGGUGGCUGCUGCUGGCGCUGCUGUGCCCCCAGCUGUGUCCCCGCGCGGUGACGGCGGCCAGGAGGGACAGGAAGGGCAGGAAGGAGCCCCCGGAGCCCCUCAACACCUCCCUGGCCAACAGCGAGGAGCAGCCCCAGCUCCCGGAGCCCGCGGAGCCGCGCGUCACGGACCCGCGCAGGACCUGGAUCUCCUUCGUGCACCGCCCGGACGACGGCGGCACCUCCAAGAGGAGGUGCAAAGGCAAAGACAAAAAGCUGCGAGGCCUGGUUGGGCCUCCGGGGCCUCCUGGGCCUCAGGGACCUCCAGGAGCUCCUGGGGCUGAAGUCACCAGGGAAGUUCUUCUGCAGGAGUUCAAGGAGAUCUUAAAAGAAGCCAUGGAGCACAGGGCCUCCCUGGCCAUCUCAGCCCAGCCCAGCCAGCUGCCCCCGCUGCUGCUGGCCCUGGGGGAGGUCCAGGUCCCGUCCCCGCGGCGGCUGGAGGAGGCGUUCCACUGCAAGCUCAAGGGCCACGUGCUGGUGGACAAGAAGACCUUGGUGGAGCUGCAGAACUUCCAGUCGCCCGUGGCCAAGGGCGCGUUCCUGCGGGGCUCGGGACUGAACCUGGCCACCGGCCGCUUCACCGCGCCCGUGGGCGGCAUCUACCAGUUCUCAGCCAACGUCCACAUCGACCACAGCGAGCUGAAGAGCAAAGUGCAGCUGCGGGCCCGGGACAGCGUGCGGGUGCUGAUCUGCAUCGAGUCCCUGUGCCACCGGCACACGUCCUUGGAAGUCAUUGCUGGCCUGGAAAGCAACAGCAAAAUCUUCACUAUUUAUGUCCACGGCUUGCUGCAGCUGCAGGCCGGGCAGUACGCCUCCGUCUUCGUGGACAACGGCGCCGGCGCUGCCGUCACCGUCCAGAACGGCUCCGAUUUCACGGGAAUGCUGCUGGGGGCCUAGCACCACCAUGGCCCUGCCAAAAAUUCCCAAUUCCUGCGUUUUGGACUGAAAAAAACAACCCCAAAAACCCCAACUUUGACCUUGAACCUUCGGUACCUGCAGAACUGCAAACGAUCCCCAGCUCCUCCAGCUUUGCUUCCAGAACUUGCCGCUGAUUUUUGAGGUCGUUCUUCGUCGGAAUUCUGCUUUUUUUAUCCAAAAAAACCCCCAAAACCACCCUUGGAAUAUUUAAUUUGCGCUUCACCGGAUGCUCACGGGGCAGCACGCAGGCGCUCGUUGUAAUUUGAUUAUUUCACUUGUAACCAGCACGGCUUUGGGGUUUUUUUUUUGGGGAUUGAUUCGGGUUUUUUUAGGGUUUGGAAAUGAAGGAUUGAGCUGGGAAAUACCAGAAAUAAAUCAGUGACUCUUUGCUGUGUGGUGGGGAGGAAGGGGACGAGGAUUUUUCCAGCAAAAUUGCUUUUUUCCAGGGGGUUGGAAAGGGUUUGGAUCCUCACCCAAAGGUUCAGAAUUGGGUGUGUUUGACCAGGAAAAUGUUGGAUUUUCCUACAACCCAAGGCUUGAACUCUUUAACUGGGGUCCUUUAUAGCAAAA